GACAGGGAGAGCUGGGGGUUGGGCUGAGGUAGCCAUGUAUAAAUAGUGUGAUCUCAAAUUGAAAGGCAUAAAUAACAGCAGGAGUGAUCUAACCCUAUACAGCACAUCUUCUACGUGCAAAAAAAGCGUGCAGAGGACAGCCAGAUCUCCUACUGAAAACAAGUGGAUCUCUGUGGAUAAGAUCACCGGGCAGCCAUGGAAGAACUUACAGCUUUUGUAUCGAAAUCUUUUGACCAGAAAAGCAAAGAGGGCAGCAGCAGCGGAGGCAGCAGCGGCAACAAGAAGGAGACUAUCACAUAUAGGGAAGUUUUGGAGAGUGGGUUGGCUCGAUCUCGGGAGCUAGGAAACUCUGAUUCUAACCUUCAGGACAUUACCGAGAGCAGCAACCAUUGCCCAGUGCAUCUUUUCAAAGACCAUGUAGAGAGUGACAAGGACAAACUGAAGGAGUUCAGCACGGGCAGGGCUGCGGAAGGGAUCUACGAGUGCAAAGAGAAAAGAGAGGAAGUGAAAUCUGAAGAUGAGGAUGGACAGACCAAGCUGAAGCAGAGAAGAAGCCGAACCAAUUUCACCUUAGAGCAGCUGAAUGAGUUGGAAAGACUUUUUGAUGAGACUCACUAUCCAGAUGCCUUUAUGAGGGAGGAGCUGAGCCAGAGGCUGGGACUCUCUGAAGCUAGGGUGCAGGUCUGGUUCCAAAAUCGAAGAGCUAAAUGUCGAAAGCAAGAAAAUCAGAUGCACAAAGGCGUUAUUUUGGGAACUGCAAGCCACUUAGACGCCUGCAGGGUAGCCCCUUACGUUAAUAUGGGAGCCCUGAGGAUGCCUUUCCAACAGGUAGUCCAGGCACAGCUGCAGCUGGAAGGAGUGGCUCACGCACAUCCUCACCUACAUCCGCACCUGGCUGCCCACGCCCCCUAUCUGAUGUUCCCACCGCCUCCCUUCGGCCUUCCCAUUGCCUCUUUGGCGGAGUCAGCCUCCGCCGCCGCCGUGGUAGCCGCCGCUGCCAAGAGCAAUAGCAAAAAUUCGAGCAUCGCUGACCUGCGGCUCAAGGCCCGGAAACACGCCGAGGCCCUGGGGCUCUGACCCCCCCGCGCCACGUGUGACACGGAACGGACUGGAACUCCCUCCUCCCUUUCUCUCUCUUGCUUUCCUCUCCCCGUUCUCCGCCAAGCGCCAGCAGCACAGACCAGGACUCGACCCCUCGCGUUCUCUUGCCCCCCCAUUUGGUUCUCCCUCCAUUCCUAAUAUCCUGAUCUGGGCCCUCCUGAAACCAUCGGCUCUUUGUUCUUGAAAAGACUCCAUUGAAUGCUUUGACGGACUCACGGUCCCAGGAGUGCACGCUCUGAGCCCAAAGGCUCCUCACUCACGUUGGACCCCAGUUGGUUCUAAAGAGUUUAAGGCUCCAGCACCUCUCCUCUCUGGCGCUUGGUGCUCCUAGUACAAUUAAAAACUGGAGGCCGUGAUGGGCCUGAAAUCAGCCUCAGUCCUGAUUAAGAGUCAUCUUAUUUAAAAAAAAAACACACACUAAAACAAACAACAAAAC